GACUUUAUUGAGUUAUCACAGUAUCACCGCAUGCCGAAGCUCUGGAUGAUGGACGACUACGAAGAGUGCCUCGAGCGACCAGCUCCGGAGGAACCCGACGGAGUGUACUGUAUCGCGACGGUCGUCCUCAAGCCGGACAACCGAUCGGAGCUGUGGCGGUUGAUUGAGGACUUUUCCAGUGACUACAAGCGCCACUUUAACCAUGCCGUCCUGAAGCGCGGCCUUUGUAUCCAGCGCUGCCAGCAAACCCUGGAAAGUCUCGCUCCGACGGAACGGGGCUUACUCCGUGUGAACGAGUUCCCAAUCAACACGAAGUACAAGUUUGAUGAAAGACUCUUCCGCAACUCGGCGGCCGAUCGUGCAAAGUACGACGAUAUGGUAGAGGUUUGCAUCAAUAAGCAACUCAACGAAACGUACGGUUUGCUGGCCCACGCCGAGGUCCAAUCCUGCGAUACCUCGUCCAGCGAGAUAGAGAUCGACACGCUGGACUACUCGUUUGUGGCCAUCUUCUCUCUGCUGAUAAUGCUGGUCAUCGUGUCCUCUUGGUACGACGGGUCGAUCAACUACAAACAACACCCGUGCCACUACCAGCAGGAGCUGGAUAGUAAACGCAAGAUGGUGUGGGCAGCCUUCUCGAUCCAGCGCAACUGGUACCGGUUGACCUCUCGGUCGCACGAUGAAACCCACAAAAAGUUGCGCUUUUUCCAAGCGCUACGCUUCCUUACGAUGAUGCUGGUCAUUUUCGGGCACGCCGUCCUGCUGUUGGUCGUCUCCCCCACGACCCAUGUGGAAAAGUUCGAAAAGAUCUUUCACAACGUUGCCAGCAUGAUACUAACGAACGGCGUUCAAAUCACGCAAGUGUUUCUCGCGAUGAGCGGCACACUGUUGGCGGUGCAGUUUCUCGAGGUGGCGGAAAAGCGCAAAGGCCAGAUCAGCAUCCUGUACGUCCCGAUCGCGAUCCUGUAUCGGUACAUCCGGUAA